UUGGUGUAGAGGACCUGAGUGUAUGUAAAGAAACUGGAUAUGAGAUAUUUCAGUACGCUGGCACUAGCAUUUCACUGGAGUUAACGCGGGGGGUUGACAAUUCUUGGUGUGAGGUCAAUGUGAAGGGUGCCCCCCAACCCCCGAACCCGCUUAUUAUUACGAGUAUAUGAUUGAACAAGUCCUUACAACAUUUCUCAGUCGAGCGAUUAUGUUUGGCAUCAAUGGUGAAGGGGGGUGAGUGAGUGUUGUAGAGGAGGCGAGGCUAUGAGGCCGUGGUCGUAACGGUAGUAGUAAGUCUUCUAGGAGUUCAUCAGCAUGCACACUUGUUCCUCCCUCGACGGCAUGCAUGAAAGAGAAUAAUAGGCGAAGAAAUUAAGGCUCGAAAGAUUGUGUAGUCGAAGUUAUAGAGGAUAAUUGAAGUAUAGAAACGAAGUUUUGCAGUCGGCAAGGGUGAUCGAGCGAGCGAGCGAGCGGUCCUUUAUUAAGCUUCUACUCCUGCCUCUUUUUCUUUUUUUUUUAGCCUUGGCUGAGGGAAGAUUUACAAGAUCCUGAUAGCUAUCAGAGCAGCAUUGCCGAACGAGCUCUAGGCAUGCCUAGGUUGAAAACUAUCGCGGCAUUAGGAGUCUUAGCGCAGGCUAUCGCUGAGGGCACUGCUCAUGUUUGGCUGUGCCUCGACAGGACCGUUGCUACCGUUCUUGGCAAGGGGGAUGCGUAGGAGGGAAGUGGGGUAGCGGAACUGGUCUUUUCAUUGACUGCACCGUUUACCUGGGAGGGCAAUGUGCAUGGUGAUAAGUUGACACACUUGGCCAGUGAGGCAUCAGUCGCUCGAGAACUCUAAAGGAUCAAUAGUCUGGUUGGUGUGGUGGUGAGCCUUGGUUUCGGCAGUAAUGCUUCUCUCGGGCAGUGCACCUCAGUUGCUGGCUUUGAAGUGUUUGGACAAUUUGGUCUAUACAAGAGAAACUCUGAUGAGAUCUUUCAUCUUAAGCGUUGUUUCCAAGCCUGAAAGAGGCGAUGUGCUGCUUCAAACGAUAACAGAACAUUGAAAGAAAACAAUGAAUUAUUUUAUUUAAAAUGUUCCAGUGUUGUCGAGAGCAAACUUGAUGGGUCGUGAUAUCUGUUGGGAUAUUUUUCCUACCUGGAUUUUUUCCCGGCGGAAGGAUGUGCUAAAUAGUUCGUGAUGCUUCGACAAGGGUGUCACAGUUAACACAUCAGUUCCAAUACAGGAUAGAGACCACUGUUCAGUGACUUUCAGGUCAUCAGGGUGUCACUUCACAAAAAUAACGACCAGACAUUGCAAACAAAACACCCGGAUGUCUCAACCAUUAUGGAAUGUUGAAAAUGAAUAAAUGUUGGAAUUCCGAUGUCGUGUGUAACUACUCAGUCCGCAGAGAUUGAUGUGUCUUGCUGGCGCAUAAAACCAUAUUUGUCUCUCGGACGGAUUUUCAGCAGAGGAAACCUGGAAACAACAGCAACUCACUUUGGUAUUUGUUGCUUGGAGCUGAGUGUUAUUUAACAAUGUUAUAUAACAAUGUAACAGGGUUUUCUACCAGAUGCGGAUAAUCCAAACAAGCCACUGUUUUCUUCUCUCGAGGGGAAAAAAGUUUCAUUAGCCGACUAUGUCAGUUCUAUUUUGUGUCAACUUUAAAAGCUGCUUGAUUAAAAAUUGUCAAGAAAGGAAGCAAGAAUACUGUCAAUAUAUUCGUUUGCAUGACUUCAUCUUCUGCCUCGUUAUGCGCCAGGAAAGGUUUUCUUGUUCUCGUUUCUUUUGUGAUACUUUUCUCUAGAAGAAAGUUCAAGCGCUAAAGCUUAUGCAAUCUUUCAGAACCCUCUGAGGUGCGGCAUUGUGACAGCCGCUAGCGAUCUAUAAACUAUUAUAUUUACGCUUUGAUCCUUCACACAGACAUGCUUGGACAGCUUUUGAUUAAAUUUUCUCAAGAGAGUGCCGUGAUAAGUUUUAUUUUUAAUUCCUUGAGAACUUGAAGACUUGGACAGGGAACACAGAAAGUGUUGACGAGAACUCAUAAGACACGAGCUGGUACUUUCUCGAGGAACAAUCUUCUGUACUCCACUGACGUCACGACUGGUGUCCUCUCAAGCAGUUUCUAAGAGUGCAGAGUUAAAAUUAGCAUGCGGGUGUGCACACUUCAUUGAACAGACUGGCUUGAUCGAGCAAGACCACUGCAGUAGAGCUGUGGACCAUGGCCACGUCAGGUCAUGUGCUGGUCAGGCCACUAAGGGCGUCAGACACGGGGCUAGUCAGACCCUUCAGAGUGUCAGAUGGCCUCUCCCGGAACCAGAGGACGCGGUAUCGGACCAAGCACCAUUACCUUCUGCGUGUGGACAAGGAAGAGAGUCUUCGUCUCAGGCGCCUGGGCUCGGGACUUCUGGGUGCGGCGGAGCUGGACAGCACCAUCUUGACACAUCUCGUGUCUUUACUAGACUCUCAUCGUGGCCCAUUCACCCUUGGUGGCGGACUCCCUGACAUCGACACUCACAGUCACAGUUCUGAGUACACAGGCUCCUUCAAGGGUGGAGCAGUUCCGCACCAUGCAGCCAAAGGAAUGGGGGGGCACGGCGCACGCGCUAGCUGGCCUGCCAGCGCAGACGAGGCCGUGAAGGAGUACAUCGGAGGAGUGCCCGUGGUGGGUAUCAGAGAUGCGUCCUCCGCCUCUUCCUCGCGGACCAGCAUCCCCCACCUGCCCCCCAUCAUCCGGGCCCCUUUGACCCCCAUCAAGGAUGUCAGUCGCGAGACGACGCAGGUGACUAGUCUGCCGCCUAUCAAGAAAGGGAUAUUCGGAGCACGAGACAAGGAAAACCUUCCAGCUCUGAGUGUCAUGCCCCCAACACCACAACAGGCGAACACGUCCAAACUGAAGCUAGUGCCACUGAAGAGAGAUGCCGGAUGGACAAGUCUGGAUGAAGACGAUGAUGACAAUAAGAAACUAGCCAGCAAGAGACUUUCCCAAGGUACCUCGGAGGUCAGCCCGUACCACAUUGGUAGCGAUGGCAGUCAUUCGCAGGUGAAGGUGGGACGCCGAAGUAAAAUGAAAACACAAGGAUCGAAGUAUCAGCCUAGGAGCAUGGCGUCGGGUAGCUACAUUGGCGGAGAGUCGGUGAAGGGCAGCACCAUCAUGGCACCUGACGGCGAGAUCAUUAGUGUCGGGGGCUCGGUGGGACCACCACGUCCUCACGAUGUCGCCCUCAUUAGUGACGUCACGCAGCCUCAACGUGAAGUGAACUACGCGGACGACUUGGGAAUGUCAGAAGAGGAACCAGAAGAGUGGCCAGCUGUGACGAAGAAGAAAGCCAAGUCCGUAGUUUCAAGGAAAUCAGACAGUACUGCUGCUAAGCGAGAGAAUGAUUGCACCAGCGGGGACAUAGAUGCCACAGUGUCCAUUCACAGCUGGAGCUAUGCACCUCGGGAAGCCGACAGUGAUCUUGUUUCGGCGCAAGAAGAGAGUGAGAAAAGCUUGCCUGGCAUACCUGUGGAUGGAGGUAGCGAAGCCUCCCAGCCUCGCUCGAGCGUGACUGAGCAAGACCUACUGGACACCCUGACUGAGCAUGCGCGCCGGGUGGCUGGCAGCGUGUUGAGUCAACCGCGGUCCGGCCUGGACCUCGAGGCUGAUGUCAGGCAAGCAGCUGGUAUGUGGAUGGACUUGCACCCUGUGCGAGCAGUAUCGCGCAGUCAGUCUGUGCAAAUCGCUGCAAGAUAUGAGGCCAUUGCCGAAAUCUCAGAAACUGUUCGGGGCGGCAGUGCCAAUGUCUCAGCUGCGGAGUACAAAGAACUCAUUCGUCAGUCUUUGACAACAGCUGUUGCCAAGGCGACGGGAUUGGACUUGCAUGACCUUCCAGCCGAUGCUGAAAUUAGUCCCGAACUUUUGGAAGCGCUGACCAGUCAGAAGCUGACACCCGACGACAUUGCUAUCGUCCAAGACGAGGAAUCAGGUUUGCCUGUCAUACGUUCGCGACAAGAAAUCACCCGGAUGUUAGGGGUGGCAGAAGGUCACAUCUAUGUCUCGCCAAACGCCAGAGGUGGCAAUCUACCACCAUCAGAGGCAGGCGUCUUCAAGCCGCAGGUGUCCAUCCCAGCUGACCGCCUGUCUGUAGAGAUGGAGUAUGACGUCAUAGGUUAUGGCCCCGCGCGGUCAAAGGCGGGUUCUAAGCCAGGCUCGAUCCGUGGAAGCACACCUGCUGACUUGGAUGAAGGCUCGGAACACGAUAACAAAAGAUCGAGCUUAACAACCCAGUCUCCUGGGGCUGGAGUAGAAGAAGACGACUUUCAGAAGGCUCUUAAAAAUUUAGAAAUGAAGUCAAGCCAAGAAAAGGAUUCUAUACAAGAUGGGGAGAAACCUGCCAAAAUGCAGGGCUCAGCAUCAGAGGAAACUAACGAACUGCAACGGGACACAGAGAAAACGGAUCAAAAAGUUUCUGGUGCCAAGAUAAAAACAACAGGGGCCUCUCAAAAAACUGGAGUUUCCGAGAGAACGGUGUUGUCAGAAAAAACUGGAGUUUCUCAAAAGACUGAGGUUUCCGAAAAAUCUAGAGUGUCGGCUAAAACCGAGCGCAGUGGGGACCUGAAGAAGAAGGACAAGAAGCCAAAAGCAGCGGAAGACAAGGAUCAGCCUUUCCACAUGGGCGUUGUUGAUCACAAAGAGGAAUUGACUAAACUCUAUGGAGGAGACAAGAGCGCAGACCGCCAAAAAACUGGAGCAGGAGGCAAGGGCAAAGAGAAGAAACCCAAAAAGGAGGGCGAGAAAAAGAAAGGCAAGUCAAAGAAGAAAGGAAAGCAAGCACAGGAAAAAGAAGAAAGCAGAUCAGAAGCGCCUCAAGCAGAAGCGCCAGACGCAGCAUCCGCAGCAGCUGCUGCUGUGAGCGAGACGAAGGGAACACCACCGCCACCUGUCAAAGGUCAUCCGGAGGAGGUGGAGGAUGUGAUGGCACCGUCAUCUCCAGAAGAAGCGAAGUCAGACGACGACAUGGAGUUCAUGAUUAUUCGCGACGAGUUCAGCCCCGAGCCGGAACGACCGUCCAAAGUGAACAUUCCCGCACGGCUAGAUGAUGUAGACGUGCCUGACGAUGAAGUUGUCGACGCUCGGAGAAAGAAGAUGAGAAAGAAAGAUGACGAUGAUCCUAACCUGAAGUCCAUUUCCAACCGCGAAGCUCGGGCAGCAAAGAGAGCCGCCGCAGCAGCGAAGAGAAAAGAAGAAGUGGAAAGAAAGAGGCGAGAGAGGGAAGAACAGGUGAAGAGAGAGAGGGAAGAGCAGGACAGACAGGAGCAGCUCAAGAGGGAGAUGGAGGAGGAACGGAGAAGGCGCGAGGAAGAACGAAGGCUGAGGAAACUACAGGAGAAGGAGGAAGAGGAAAAAGAAGAGCAAGAGAAACUCGAGGCUGAGCGCAGGAGGAAGGCAGCUGAGGAACGUGAGAGGAGGGCCAAAGAGGAGUACCAGAGGAAACUAGAAGAGCUCAGAAAAAAGCAGGCAGAAGAGGAAGCUAUACGCCUAGAGCUGAUGGCACAAAAGGCCAAAGAAGAGGAAGAGAGGCUGCGCCAAGAAGAACUGAUGCUGUCGUUGAUGGCCGAAGCAGAACGACUCGAGUAUGAGCGGAAGAAGAAGGAAGAGGAAGAAGCUAGGAGGCUGAAGGAGGAGGAGGACAGGCUCAGGAGAGAGGAAGAAGCUAGACUAGCCAUACUGGAAGCCAAGCGACUGGCAGAGGAGAUGGCCCGCAGACAGGCUGAACUGGAGGCUCGACUCAGGUUCAAUCGCGGCCUACAGCUGGAAGCCAACGGCCUGGAUCAUACUCAAGACAUUAAUCGUGCCUUCGUCUUCUCGUACUUUGAGCUGCUUCAGUGGCUCGGCCUGGACAUCCCGGACUUCGAGCUGGCCAAAAUGAGACAGUUCUAGUCCAAGUGAACCGUCGUAGCUGAUACGAUGUCACAAAUGUUGAAGAAGAGUGUGAUGGGUGUCCUACGUGUGUGGUCCCAAAUAAAUUAAAUUACUUGCGCCUUUUUUGGUAGAUUAGCUUUACGAGGGCGCGCGCUGAGGACACUGACUGGAAGGUCUGAAGCGUACAAGCGGCAUGUGUAAAGGGAGUGCGUUAUUGGGAUUUGAACCCGGCACCCAUGAGGGCACUGGUCUCACAUUGACCAAAAUUCGUUGUCAACGCAUUAAAUUAUUUCAAAAUGCGCGGAGUUUCUGCAUUACCUCAUUAGAGGAAUAUGAACCAGACCAAAUACAGGGUACAAACUGUUACAUUAUUUAUUGUUUAUUUCCAUUGCAUAUAUAUAUAUAUGUUGUACAUGAGAUUCAACUUAUUAUAAAGAGUUUAUACGUAUUUUUAAUGUUUCCUUCACAUAAAUUAUUUUUGCAAUAUGCUAUUAUAUCCUUGAUAAUUUUGAAUAGCCAAAACUCAACAUAUUGAAACAAUCACGAAACUUUAUAUGCAAAAUUUAAGCUGUGAUGGCCCAUCAGUAUUGUUACACUGUCGAGGAGCACAACGCAUAAAUAGAAAAACAGUUUUUUUAAAACCUGAGAUUAUGUAAAUAUUCUAAACUUCAUUAUAUUAGAACAGUUGUCUGUAUGUUGUUCAUUUUCUUUACGUCGCAGAACUAAUCACUAAAUAAGACAUCGUACCUCGGUGUCAGCCUCUGCGGUCUCGCAUUUUAUUUUACAGAACACGACCGAUUCUGUUGGAAGAUUUUUGAGUAUAAAUUUCAGUAUAAAAUCCACGGCGAACGUGUUGCAUCCUUCUUGGAUCCACCGAAAUUUAAAAACAGUUUUUUUUCAAAACUAUAUCAGAUGGGAGUUUGUUACUGCUGUUUUCAUCUUUUUGCUUGCGUUGAAAUGCUGUCUUUUGGAGACAGAAAAUAGUCCUGUGCUGUUUUCAAGAUCACUUUUGACUUUCCCUUAUUGUAUUUAUUAAAUCCGUAACUUUGCUAACUAUAUAAUGAAUAGAUACGAAAAUGACAAAAACUUGUAUUUUUUACCUAUUUUUAAUUGGAAAUAUUUUGAGUACAUUUGAAUAUCUCUCUGUGAUAAAUGUAACUGCCUAGCACCGCCGUUUACUGACAGAAAUUUUAAAAUCGCAGCGUUUGGUUGUCGUAAAUUUUCUGAAGCGAGUCCGCUGAAGUAAACAAAAGCAAACGUAGGCACAGCGGAAGAAAUAUUAUAGUACAUUUAUGCUACAUUAUUAUUUAUUAUGGUAUAUAAAGGCACUUUUGGCCGCGAGGUUUACAUUUGACUCUACAGCAAUUGAAAUAAAGGAAUAGUGAAGUUGU